AUGCGUAAUCCUUUUGCCAUCAAUGAAGGUAUACAUGGCCCAGCACCCAAACAGAUCUAUGGAUGGAGGCCAUAUGCAUUAGCAUGCUCCUCAUCGUGGGCCGCUGCCAUGUUUGGCUACGACUCGGCGUUCAUCGGCUCGACUCUUACCUUGACCUCGUUCAAGAACGACUUUGGACUUGGCGGCGAAGCGGCGACCAGACUAAGCUCAAACAUUACCUCUAUAUUCCAAGCUGGUGCCUUUUUCGGUGCCAUCUUUGGGUUCGUGAUUGCUGAGAAAUGGGGCCGUAAACCCAACCUGAUUGUGUCGAGCCUGGUCUUUCUCCUCGGUGCCCUUCUGCAGACGUUCUGCAAGGGUUCAUCUCAAAUCGGGAUGAUGUAUGCUGGCCGUAUCCUCACAGGCAUUGGCGUCGGCGCCAGUUCUCUUAUCAACCCCAUUUAUAUUUCCGAGUCAAGUCCUGCUGCGAUUCGUAGGCGUAUGAUUGGAAUCUUUGAGAUCUUCCUUCAGAUUGCCAGUCUCUGCGGCUUCUGGGUGACAUAUGGUGUCAACCAGGGUCUGCCAUCAAGUACAAUGCAGUGGCGCAUUCCGUUUGCUGUACAGACUAUUCCGGCCGGAUUUUGUGUAAUCUGCAUGGUCUUCAUGGUUGAGUCGCCUCGAUGGCUGGCCAAGAAACGUCGGUACGCGGAGGCACUCGAGACUCUGGCCUGGCUACGCCAUCUACCUGCCGACCAUGUAUACGUCCAGGAAGAAAUGACACUGAUUCGCACCUCGCUUGGGUCAGAGUCCGAAAAUUUCGGAAGCGCAUCCAACGCGCUCAGCCUGAACGCCUUGCGCGGCGCCUGGGCAGAACUAUGGAGCCCCUCGAUGCGCUUUCGUGUCGGGUUCGCCAUGGCCAUGAAGUGGAUGAGCAACGUGUCUGGUGUCAAUGCCCUCAACUACUAUACUCCAGUCAUCUUCAAAUCCCUCGGCUUCAGCGGCGCCUCGGUCUCGCUGCUGGCCACGGGCAUUUACGGGGUUGUGAAAAGCCUGGUCACGGUCAUAUUCCUCUGGUUCAUGGUGGACCGCUGGGAACGUCGCCCGUUCCUCCUGAUCGGAACCGGCAUCAUCAUGGUCUGCAUGUUCUACUUGGGUGCGUACAGUCGCAUCUCGCACUCGUUCGAGACGUCGCCGCCCCGUGACGGUGGCGCCUACACGGCCAUUGUUCUGACCUAUGUUUAUGCCGCCGCUUAUUGCAUCAGCUGGAAUGCGGCCCCUUGGGUUUUUGCAGCCGAGGUGUUUCCAACCAACAUUCGCACGCUGGGCAUGCUGGUUGCUGUGCUCAACCAGUGGCUAGCCCAGUUUGUUAUAGUCUAUGCGAUCCCCUAUAUGAUUGCCGACAUUUCGUACGGCAUCUUCUUCUUCUUUGGCGCUUGCAUCACCGUCAGUGGCCUGGCCGUGUACUUGUUGAUGCCCGAAACCAAAGGCUUCCCGCUCGAGGAUAUGCAUUACAUCUUUGAGAAUGGACAUUGGUUCGCUCCAAGAAUGAGAGCCGCUGCCGAGGAGCUACAGGCAGAGCAGAAUCGCAUGCGGGAGAUUGAGGCGAACAAGCCUAUAGUCGAAGAGAUCCCAUAA